CUCCGCUCGGCGCAGCUGGAGGGGGCGAACCUCGAGGGCGCCGACCUGCGCGGCGCCGACCUCACCGGCGCCAACCUCGCUGGCGCCAACCUGAAGAAUGCCGACUUGCGCGGCGCAGUCCUCAUCGGCGUCAACCUCGAGAAGGCCGACCUCGAGGGCGCCAAACUGCAGGGCGCGAAGUUCGAGCGCGCC